CUGGAGCGCGCACCGGGCCGUUCUGACAAGCUCGGGACGUGGCUAGUGCUGUGAGCUACUCCUCCGGCUCUCGCUAUAAAUUCACGCGCGUCCAGCCAUGAGAGGAGCUUCCAUUCCGUUCUGCUUAGCUAGCCACGUAGCCCCACUCACUCACUCACCGGCCCCAGCUUCCCUUCUUCUUCUCUAGCUCGUUCUGUCUCCCCUGUCUGUGCCGUGCUGAACCAGAUGGAGAAGGCGAGGAGGCGCCGCGUGCCGGCGUUCGGGGAGUGGAACUACAACUACCACCACGACGAGCCGGAGGCGACAGCGGCGGCCGCGUGGUACGCCACGCCGGAGCCGGAGGCCUGCAGCGACGUGUGGUUCAGGUACUCGCCUCCUCCACGCAAUCCCACGCCCAAGAAGAAGCAAGCGAGGCGGCGGCGGCCGGAGGGCGACGUGUCCCGGGAGCGCGCCAGGGCGUCCACGGACGCUGCUGUCACGGCCAAGAGCGGCGCCAGCAGGUACCAGGUGCGGCAUGUCGACGAGGACCUCUACAAGGCGCCACCGCCGGAGCCCGCCUCCCACCGGCGGCCAAGGAAGAAGUGGAGCAUGUGGAAGGGAUGCCUGGGCCUCAACUCAUGCGUCGCCUCCUGAACCCCGAAACCUGUGGCGCCGAUGGGAUGCGGCGUCCUGCGUUCGUGUUCAUCAGCAGUGUCUAUUUGCCCUUUCUCUUGGAUACACUACUACUCCUAGUACUCUCUCCGAGUGUUUUGUGCGUAUGUUUUGGCUUGUGGCAAAAUGGUUAGUACUCCAGUAAGACUAGCUGACUGCUAGUAAACAUUUCGAGUUUCUACUCUCUUGUGUGAUGUUGGUAAAGAUAUCUAGGUAUAUUAGUAACAUUCCGAGUUUCUACUUCUUUUGUGUAAUGUAUUGAGUGCAACAUCUUGUCUUGUGCUUAACAAACGCGUUGAUAUACAGUAGUCUGUUACUAUCUGUCAA